AUGGACCGUAUGGCUGGAACUGAACGAAGUCGUCUAGUACCAUGUCUACAUCGCCAGGCGUCACGGCGGUCGCUUCCAUGUUCUUUAUGUAGUCGAGAGACAACAUCAUCCGACGCACUGGCUUCUCUUCAGGUCUACAUCCAGCUGGCGGCGCCGAAUCAUCAGUCAUCACCAUCUACACAAGGUCGACACACGCGUGGGGAAAUGAUGCAUGCACAGAUGUGGGCAGAGCCACAUCAUCUUCGCCUCGUGUUUGUCAAGGCUGAGGAGGCCUCUUUGUUGACAUGGACAAGGAGGGAUCAGGAGAGGAAGUAG